GUCAGUUUUGGCUAGUUCAGUUCCAGGAGUGACUUGUAACAGAUGCAGAAAAAUAGGAUUGUCUACUCCUGCCCUUAAUUAUUGAACAUGCCAUUCAGUGUAAUAUACUUUGCUCUCAUCACAUACAUUUAUUUUUUUGUCUUCUGUAGGUUAGAAUAAUUUCUGCCUCCAGAGAUAAUGAUUAGGAGGAACUGGUUACAACUGAGGAACCCUUAGUUAUUAAACAAGUCAGAUAAAUCUACUUGACCUUUGCCUAACAAUGUUGUUCUUGAGUUCAAAAAUUACCUUUAUCCUAUAAUCAUAAGUCUCCAUCAUAUCACAGAAGGCUGUUGGGAAUCUGAAUCCUUAAAAUAAAAUAAAAACAAAAACUUGAAUGAGGGUAACUGUCCUUUGUGUUAAUACAUCUUCCCACUAGAAUGGAAGCUUCCUUAGGGAUAGGGAUUUUGCUUUCUUGUUUACACCUUUAUCCUCAGUGCCUAGAAGAUUGCCUGCUAAAUAAUAGCUGCUUAAUAAAUGUGUGUGGAGUGAAUGGAUGUAUACAGCUUUAUGAUGUAUAACACAUUUUAAAUAUUUAUUAUUUCAUUUCCUACAACCUUGGGGAUCAGGUGGCGUCUCAUUUUUACUGCUAAAUCAGUGGAGGCCAAGAAGUUAAGUGACGUGUCCAAGGUCUUACAGCUGGGGCUAGGACCCAGGUCUUCUGAUGCCCAGACUGAUGCUCUUUCCACUGAGCCACAGCUGCCAUAUUUGGGAAGGAUGGAUCAUGAGUGAAAGCAAGUAACUGACAUAAGCCACAUCACUAUAUGUCAGGAUUUAAUUCCAAGAACAAUACCCUUGUACAUAAGCAGGGCAUUAAAAACACAAAGUAGGCCAAUGGUAGUUGGUGUUAAAGGCUCAACCAUUGCAGGCUGUUGUGUGUGCACACAGGUGCAUCUGUGGAUACUAUGUAUGCUAUAGUCACCAUGUUACAUUGUAGCUAAGUCAGUUUAGUUAAUACAAGAAUUGCCAUUACAUUAUCAAAUAGCUUAACUGAAAAGUAAUGUUUGCAUUGUAUCUGAUAGCUUCCAUAUAGGAGAAAGGGAAGGGCCAAUGAAGAAUCUUGGAAGCUAGGGACCAAGUGCAGUCUUCCACUUUAGAUGGGCUUUAUGUUACCUCUCAUCUUCAGGUACAGCCCACACCUGAUGGAAAAAAUUCUCCAAAUGGCUGAAGGUAUUGAUAUUGGGGAGAUGCCUUCAUAUGAUCUGGUGCUGUCCAAGCCUUCCAAAGGUCAAAAACGUCACCUCUCAACAUGUGAUGGUCAAAAUCCUCCUAAAAAGCAAGCCGGUUCCAAAUUCCAUGCGAGACCUCGUUUUGAGCCUGUACAUUUUGUAGCUAGUAGUUCAAAAGAUGAAAGACAGGAAGAUCCUUAUGGCCCUCAAACAAAAGAGGUAAAUGAACAAACACAUUUUGCCAGCAUGCCAAGAGACAUCUACCAAGAUUAUACUCAAGACUCUUUCAGUAUACAAGAUGGGAAUUCUCAGUAUUGUGAUUCAUCAGGAUUCAUUCUCACAAAAGACCAGCCUGUAGCAGCCAACAUGUAUUUUGACAGUGGGAACCCUGCCCCAAGCAGCACAUCACAGCAGGCAAACUCUCAGUCAACUCCUGAGCCUUCACCAUCACAGACAUUUCCCGAGUCCGUGGUAGCCGAGAAGCAGUAUUUUAUUGAAAAAUUAACGGCGACAAUCUGGAAGAACCUUUCUAAUCCAGAGAUGACUUCUGGAUCUGAUAAAAUUAAUUAUACAUAUAUGUUAACUCGUUGUAUUCAGGCGUGUAAGACAAAUCCUGAGUAUAUAUAUGCUCCUUUAAAGGAAAUUCCUCCUGCCGACAUCCCCAAAAAUAAAAAACUUCUAACUGAUGGCUAUGCUUGUGAAGUUAGAUGCCAAAAUAUCUACUUAACUACAGGUUAUGCUGGAAGCAAGAAUGGGUCCAGGGAUCGAGCUACAGAACUAGCUGUAAAACUCUUGCAGAAACGUAUUGAAGUUAGAGUUGUCCGGCGGAAAUUCAAACAUACGUUUGGAGAGGACCUCGUGGUGUGUCAGAUUGGCAUGUCCUCCUAUGAAUUUCCUCCAGCUCUGAAGCCACCAGAAGACCUGGUGGUGCUGGGUAAAGAUGCUUCCGGGCAGCCAGUUUUUAAUGCUUCCGCCAAACACUGGACCAAUUUUGUCAUUACAGAAAAUGCAAAUGAUGCAAUUGGUAUCCUUAACAAUUCUGCCUCAUUCAACAAGAUGUCAAUUGAAUACAAAUAUGAGAUGAUGCCAAAUCGCACAUGGCGUUGUCGAGUGUUUUUACAAGAUCACUGCUUAGCUGAAGGUUAUGGAACCAAGAAAACAAGUAAACAUGCAGCUGCCGACGAGGCUUUGAAAAUUCUUCAAAAAACACAGCCCACUUAUCCAUCUGUCAAAAGUUCACAAUGCCAUACAGGCUCUUCACCCAGAGGAUCUGGAAAGAAGAAAGAUAUAAAGGAUCUUGUAGUUUAUGAGAAUUCUUCAAAUCCCGUGUGCACGCUGAAUGACACAGCUCAGUUUAACCGAAUGACAGUUGAGUAUGUCUAUGAAAGGAUGACAGGCCUCCGCUGGAAAUGCAAAGUGAUUCUAGAGAGUGAAGUAAUUGCGGAAGCAGUUGGGGUGAAGAAAACUGUCAAAUAUGAAGCUGCUGGGGAAGCUGUGAAAACCCUCAAAAAGACCCAGCCAACUGUCAUUAACAACUUGAAGAAAGGAGCUGUUGAAGAUGUGAUUUCAAGAAAUGAAAUUCAGGGCCGCUCAGCAGAGGAGGCUUACAAACAACAAAUCAAAGAAGAUAACAUUGGAAAUCAGCUUCUGAGAAAGAUGGGUUGGACUGGUGGUGGUUUAGGUAAAUCUGGUGAGGGCAUACGGGAGCCUAUCUCAGUCAAAGAGCAGCAUAAGCGGGAAGGGCUUGGUCUGGAUGUAGAGAGGGUGAAUAAAAUUGCCAAGAGAGAUAUUGAACAGAUCAUCAGAAACUACGCCCGCUCCGAGAGCCACACAGAUUUGACUUUCUCUAGAGAGCUGACUAAUGACGAACGGAAGCAAAUACAUCAGAUUGCCCAGAAGUAUGGUCUUAAGAGUAAGUCUCAUGGGGUGGGCCAUGAUAGGUACCUGGUGGUAGGUAGAAAAAGACGGAAGGAAGACCUACUAGAUCAGCUUAAACAGGAAGGCCAAGUGGGCCAUUACGAGCUUGUUAUGCCUCAAGCAAAUUGAGAUCUUACUAAUUUAUUUUGUAAAUGCCUAAUGAGGCAGAUUUUUGAAUUAAAGAAAUGCUACAUGUUCCGGUUGCAGAGUAUAUUCAUAAGAUGUCUCACCUUGUUCAUUUCACAUAGUGAUUUAUUAGAUAUUGGAACCUAAAGAAUUCUGUCCACUUGUAUUAGCUUAAUCCAGCAGAUGAUAUUGUGCAGUUACUGUUUGUGUCUUUGAUAUUGCUGUGUCCCUCAGAUUUUAGUAGUUUGACAAGCAAGAACACAUAUCCAAAUGGAAUUUUACCCCGAGAAAUUCUCAUUUUAAAGGGCAUAGCACAGCAACCUGCAACAAUAUGUAAAGUUGAUAUUGACUACAAUAAAAAUCCAGUCUUAAUUCCAGAUUUACUGAAAAUGUCAGAUCAUUUUGUAUUAAUCUAUUUUCAUCUUUGUGUGAAGCCAGUUAUAGAAUGUUUAACAAUAAAUUGUGCUGUACACGUAAAUGUCCUUACCAACUAAAUGAUGUAAAAGUUUCUUAAAGUAAUUUUAGUGUUCAUUUAUUUAUAACUUCUACCAUGUGAUUUCCAGAAUAUUGGAAGUGAUUUACUGUAUCUUGUGAUAUAUGGGUUUUAACAAAUUCUAGUCUUCACGCUGAGAGAGCACUACUUGAGAGAGCAGUUGAAAGUUUCAAAAACUUUGGUUCAAUCUGAAGAAAGGAAGCUUGAACUGUUUGUUCUUGGUGCCUUGCAGAGAGACUCACAGCAACUCUCCAUUAUAGCUUUCACACGGUUUGGAUGUGCAGCACAUCCAAGGCAACCACAGCUGUGGUAGAGCUUGGUAAAAGACUGAAGAUACAUUGGUGCUUUGAUGAAAAGGUCAGUUAGCUGGUCCCUCUCUCAAAAAGCUUAUUAAGCCUGAAAAGCCAACUUUGUAACAUAUUUAAAACUGCUAUUUUCGCUUAUUUCUGGAAUGUAAAAAAAAAAAAAAAUGUAUAAAAAGAAUUAGUGUAUGCUUCCUGAAUAAAAAGGAGCCAAAGUUGAUCA